UUUCGGGCUUGUGGAAGGGACGCCGGAGCCAUUUGGGCGAGGUACGCGUGGCUGCCCGGAGCGCUUCAGCGGGUGCUCUAGUGACGGCCGGGAACCACCAUGGCGGCGGCGGGUGGAUGGAAAUGCCGGUGACGGUCCGAAAACUCGCCUCAGUCUUACCAUGGGCGCCAGUGCCUCUGCUUUGGAGAAGGAGAUUGGUCUAGGACAGUUUCCUGUGGAUGAACAUUACUUUGGCUUGGUCAAUUUUGGGAAUACCUGCUACUGCAACUCUGUUCUGCAGGCACUUUACUUUUGUCGUCCAUUUCGGGAAAAGGUUUUGGCCUACAAGGUCCAGCCGCGCAAAAAGGAAAGCCUUUUGACAUGCCUCUCAGACCUUUUCAACAGCAUCACCUCACAAAAGAAGAAGGUGGGGGUCAUCCCUCCCAAGAAAUUUAUUUCCCGGCUGCGGAAAGAAAACGAACUCUUCGACAACUACAUGCAACAAGACGCACACGAGUUCCUGAACUACCUGCUGAACACGAUUGCUGACUUGCUACAAGAAGAGAGGAAGCAGGAAAAGCAAAAUGGCAAGCUGCAGAACGGAAGCAUUGAGAGUCACAAAGGGGAGAAGGUGGACCUCACAUGGGUCCAUGAAAUCUUCCAGGGGACACUAACCAAUGAAACCAGAUGUCUUAACUGUGAAGCUGUUAGCAGCAAAGAUGAGGACUUUCUGGACCUUUCAGUUGAUGUGGAACAAAAUACAUCGAUAACACACUGUUUGAGGGAAUUCAGUAAUACUGAGACUCUAUGCAGUGAAUAUAAAUACUACUGUGAGCAGUGUGGCAGCAAACAGGAAGCGCAAAAGAGGAUGCGAGUAAAAAAGUUGCCCAUGAUUCUUGCUCUGCACUUGAAAAGAUUUAAAUACAUGGACCAGCUGCAUCGAUAUACCAAACUUUCCUACCGCGUAGUCUUUCCUUUGGAGCUUCGACUCUUCAACACUUCAGGAGAUGCUACAAACCCAGAUAGGAUGUAUGAUCUUGUGGCUGUAGUUGUUCAUUGCGGCAGUGGUCCAAACCGUGGACAUUACAUCACCAUUGUGAAGAGUCAUGGUUUUUGGUUGCUGUUUGACGAUGAUAUUGUAGAGGUAGGUCUAUAUAUUAUGCCAAAUUUUCACACUGGUAGUAACUCUCAUGCUGUCUUGGAUGUAAGCCAUUUUCAUGACACAUCAUUUAGGCGUUUAACUUUGACUGGUGAAAAGUGAACUGCUUUUACCAGUCCCAUAGACACUUUUGGUGGGUGGUUAUUUUGCUGUUGUUUUCUCAUUCUUUGCCGCUGAUGGUCACAGAAGAAUAAGGGGUUCAAAGAGCAGGGGAAAGAGUCUUAAGAGAUCUGCCAGCAGGUACUUUUGCAUAGCAACAAGUGCAGAAGUCCUGGAUGGGCUUCAUAAGUAAGCAAAGAGCAGGGUGUGGAAGGGAAGGAGAAGGGAGGCAAAAAUUAAUAAAGUUCCAUCUUUAAGGUUGGGAUUCAGUGCAGGUCCUGGAACAACUGAAAGUCAACUGAUACAGGUGGCGAUGGUAACCAUCUGCCCUGACUUGAAGGUGGUUGAUAUUGAAAAGUGAUUAAAUUAUUACAGACUCUGUUGGUUGCCUUGUUAAAGGCAACAGCAUAAUUUCAAAUGUCUCUUCUAACUAUGGUGUGCAAAUCCACUUCAAAGCAUGUGUUCAAUCUCUCAUUUACAAAGGAAUUGUUACUUGCAUUUAAAAUGGUUUACAUAGAUGCACAGGUAGUGCAAAAUCCCAGUUAAAUACCCAGAAUAAAAGAGGAUGAUCACCCUGGAAUGGGGGAAAGGGAGGGACUGUUUCGUUCUUGUCCAGUUCCUGAUUUGCAAACCAGAGUACCCAUGUUACAUCUGCACUGGACAAAAUUGAUCCCAUUUACUGUCCACUGUCUAGAUCACGUUUUCUCUUCCUUGUUUGAUUGGAGCAACAUCUGUUGACAUCUAGGCAUAGCAAUCAAUGGGUCAGAGUGUUGUCACUAUUCACUGCUUUCCACUGGAGAGACAAAGGAGGCUGUUUAGAAAAGGCAUUCUGAGUCAACACUGAACUUGUAUUUCUAAGUUUUAAGGCUAUGAAGAUGUAACUUUUCCAAAAAUACAGUAUUGAUCCUGCAGUAUUCUUGAUAUUAGGGCAAGGAACAUAAGGGUGAUGGUUGCCAUGAGACUGAUGUGUUUUCACUUCCAGAAGCCAAUAGUUUCGCCAGCAGCGUCAAAGUGUUUAUCAGAUUGUGAAAAAUAGCUGCGGAAACGGGAAGAAGUUGUUUUCAUGCCCUGGCUAUUUUUUCUUAAGAACUGUUGUUGAAAGGAUUUGCAAUGAAAAUUGGAACCCAUUUCCUUUUCAGUUCUUAUUCUGAAAGGUUUUUUCAUGUGUGGGAAAAGUUCUGUUUGUUUAAAGGAAAAGAUAUUGCAACCAAGCUGUGUGGUUAAUUGAGUGGCUUAUUGUGGGGUUAGGAAGGGAGCCCUCCUCAAUUUAGCUACUGGUCAUAGUUAUGGAACCCUCAGGUUUCCCCUAUCAUUUCUAUUACAGAAUUACCAGUAGUAAUCAGCUGGUUGGUUGAUGGGUUGUGGAAAGGCCUCUGCUCCCAAGGACCACAGUGUAUUCUAGAUCUGAUGCUUAUAACCCCAUAGAGACAGAGCUUGGCCUCCUUUCUUUUCUCUUAUAUGGGUCUGGCUCCAUAUCGUUCCAGGACCACAUUCCUUAUCAAGCCAUAAGUACAAUGUGUACUCUUCUCUGUGCCAUGGCACCUGCCCACCUGUCUUGGGUUCCCCAUUGACAUCUGUGGUAUGGGUUGCUGCCAGUCUGGUCCCCUGGGGCCAGGUUGGUUUCUGGGUUUCCCACUGGGGUGAGUCAUCAGAUCACUCUGGAGGACAGCUGUUCUUGCUCCUUUUUCUUUUAGAAACAGAAUUCAGUGUCUCCAGGUAUUCUUUGCCUGUGUUAUAGUUUCUGUUAGGGUAUCGUUGGCAAGCCUUGGUGCUCUAGGGUCACCACCUGGAUCCUGCUCCACAUUGAAAGUGGCAAAUGCCUGGAUGGGAAGGAAGAAUCCUCUCACCACUGCCUGUUUGAGUCCUCAGAAUCCCAGUUUUUCUCCCCAUAUUUAUGUGUCACCAAAUCAGUAACUGCAACUGCUGUUUUAUUAAUGACUACAUAUCAAUCUGGGAUCUGAGUUGGUCUCUGCUGGAUUGCAUUGAAAUAGCUUGCAUCCAGCUCCCCCAGUACUACUACAGCUGAACUUCUGAACCACUUUUCUCAGGAAUCCUUAUAUUGGUAUCAAACAGGUAGGGAUGCAAUGGAUCUCUUGAACCAUUAGCCUCUGCUAGUGCAUUUAAAGUCCCAGCAGACCUACCAUGACUUUUCCACAGCCUCACUGCCCAUGUGAGCCAGGAGAAGACUGUUCAUUUUGUCAGUGGCUCUAUUUCCCUGGUUAGGGCCUGGAUCUGAGUAGCUGUCAUUGGUUUAAUUCAAGUAAUGACUUCUUGUUGCUGUAUUAUGAGCCCUGUGUUGGCUCAUCUUUUCCUAGCUGCCUUUUCUGUUUUUCUUUGUGAUGUUCUCAGAGUGCUUUCAAUUUUUAUUUAAUCAUCUUCUCCUUUUUCUCCCUAGUAACUUGCCUCCCAGCACCUGCUAAUAUCUCCUGACAUGACUUGUCUGAUUCCUCCUGAAUUUGUUGGAUGGCUUAUAUCAUAUCCUCUGCUACCCAGUUGAUUCUGUUAAAUCAGACAUUGGUAUCAGUUGCCUGCCUUCCAUCAUUACUCAGGACAUUGAGAACCUGGUUAUUCCUUCUGCUGUUUUUGUCUGGUCUUUGACUUGUUUUUGCUUUGACUCAACAAGAGGUUGGCAAGGAUCUGAAUACUCACAGGUCUGCUCCUGUGGUGUAGUCAUUGCAAGUCCCAAAUGCCCAUAUCCCUUUUCACCUUCAUAUAUCAACAUUUCAAAGAAUCGUAGAAGUGCCAUCUAGUAUAACCCCAGCAAUGCAGGAACCACAGCUAUAGUAUCCCUAACAGAAUGGCCAUCCAACAUUUGUUUAAAAACCUCCAUGGAACAAGAACCCACCACCUUCUGAGGGAGUCUGUUCAAUUGAACAGCUCUUAAUGUUAGAAAGUUCUUCAUAAGGUUUAGUCAGAAUCUCCUUCCAUGUUAAUUCUAAUCUAUUGGUUUGGGUCCUACCCUCUGGAGCAGCUCAUUCAACCUUCCAUAUU